AUGGAGCCGCACAUCUCGUCCCCCGCCACAGACAACCUCCGCCCCACCCUCCACAAGCUCGCCCACUCCUGCACCGCCCCCGCCCUGCCCCCCGACGCCCCCCUUCAAGACAACCGUAUCAUGGGCCUCGUCGCUAGAGGCGGUAAAGAGGCAUGGCGAAGGUCUAUCGGAUCCUUCUGGCCGCCCUCCCCUCCCAACGACCACCCCACUACAAAUACAUCCUCCCCGCCCAACAAACUCCGCACCCAGCCCCUCGACACCUCCUCCAUCCUCUACCCCACCCUCACCACCCACCCCGAACCAGCGCCAUACAACAUUCUCGUCCUAUCCCUCGCCCACAUCGCCUCGGCGCCGCCUUCCCUCAGCAAUGACGAGCUGUUUCAGGUGAUACUGCGGCGCCUCGAACCGUGGGUCGGGGAAGAAGGCGAGGGGGGCUAUGUACUGGUCAUCAUGUCUGCGGAGGGCGCUGUCGCCACUGCUUCUGCUUCGUCUGCGUCUGCGCCUUCCGCCGCAGAGCCGUCACAUGCCGGGGACGAGUCGCGCAAGCUGCCGGGCGUGGCCUGGUGGGUCUGGAAAUGGAAGCGUAUCCCGAGAAAGUGA